GUUAUGGACGUCGCUGCGUGCCAUGGGCAUCUCGACGUGCUUCACUUCCUGCAUGAUGUCGAGCGAGCUCGGCAGAAUUUGAACUGUACUACCGCGGCCAUGGAUUCCGCCGCUGCUAAUGGGCAUCUGAGUGUUGUCAUGUGGCUGCACGGCAAUCGGUCCGAAGGAUGCACCUCCGCAGCUAUGGAUCGUGCAGCAGCUAAUGGACAUUUGCAGGUGGUUCAGUGGCUGGAUGAGAAUCGCUGGGAAGGGUGCACAACUGCAGCGAUGGAUGACGCGGCGGCUGAAGGUCACUUGGAGGUGGUGCAGUGGCUGUACGCUAAUCGACCGGAGGGAUGUACA